AUGAGUAGUAGAUUUAAGCGAUCGGGGGAGACUAUUAGUAGGUACUUCAAUUCAAUCUUGGAUGGAGUGAUAAGAUUACAAGGUAGACUUUUGAAGGUGCCGGAAACCAUACUUGAUAAUUGCACCGAUAAUAGAUGGAGAUGGUUUAAGAAAUGCUUGGGGGCGUUGGAUGGGACUUAUAUUAGGGUUCGUGUCCCUGAACAAAAUAAACCAAGAUAUCGAACACGAAACGGGGAGAUUGCAACCAAUGUAUUAGGAGUUUGUACUCUUGACAUGAAAUUUAUAUUUUUUUUCCCUGGUUGGGAAGGAUCUGCAUCAGAUUCUAGGGUGUUACGAGAUGCAAUUAGUAGACCAACAGGAUUAAGAGUUCCUACAGGAUGUUAUUAUCUUGUGGAUGGAGGGUACACAAAUGGUCAAGGAUAUUUGGCUCCUUACAGGGGUACAAGAUAUCAUUUAUCUGAAUGGAGGAAUAGAAGGGCACCUAAUAAUCAUGAAGAGUAUUUCAAUAUGAAGCAUGCUGCUGCAAGAAAUGUGAUUGAAAGGUGUUUUGGACUUCUUAAGAUGCGUUGGGGUAUCUUGCGAAGUCCAACAUUUUUCCCAAUUGAGACACAAUGUAAAAUCAUUACAGCUUGUUGCCUAUUACAUAAUCUUAUUCGUGGCGAGAUGGCUGUCGAUCCAUUGGAGAAUGAAUUGAAUGGUACUGAAAAUGGGGAAACUAACCAAGAUGGUGAUGUACUUGGCACUAUUGAACCUUCAGAUCAAUGGACUGCAUGGAGGAAUAAUCUGGCUAUGCAAAUGUAUGAUGAGUGGAAUAGGAACAGACAUUAA